GUCUCGCUCAGCGAGUCUGCCUCACGAUUAAAUACACCAAGUCCCGCUGCGAAUCUCACGCCCAUAAGUAAUCGGCGCAAAGUGCGCCUUUCCUAUACGACGUCGCCACUUGCUGGUUUGCUCCAUUGUUUGAAUUGAUUUGAUCUGAAUCGCCCGUCAUGCCGUCCUUUAAUCCCUUUAAUGCCGGCCAUCGCAAUGCCUGUACGCUUUUUGAGAUCCGCCUCGAGAAUGACUUCAUCGUCUUUCGGGGUAACGAGCACGAAGCUGCUGGUCAGCUGCUCAAGGGCGUUUUGGUAUUAUGUCUCAGAGAGCCUAUAAAAGCCGAGGAUGUACAUCUUCGAUUUAUGGGCAACUGCCGAAUUGCCUGGAUAGACACCAAGCAGACGCCCACGGGAAUACAUAGCCAGAAGGUUGACAAGACGACCACUAUUCUGAGGCACAGCUGGGAUCCUUUUUUCGGAGGCCCCAACAGUCACGGCCAUACCCUAGCGGCCGGCAACUACGAGUGGCCCUUCGAACUAUUGCUACCCGGAGACACGGCGGAGAGUGUUGAAGGACUCUACCAGACCUCCGUCAGCUACCAUUUAAAGGCGACCAUCUCUCGGGGCAAGUUGGCCAAGAAUCAUCAUGCAUUCAAGCGCGUCCGUAUUAUUCGCACCUUGGACCCCACUGCAUUGGAAUUCAACCACGCUAUGAGCGUAGAGAACAUCUGGCCGAACAAGAUUGAAUAUUCAGUCGUGAUUCCGCAAAAGGCUUUGGUGUUCGGUAGUACUGUUCCGGUCGAAAUGCGGUUCACGCCACUCUUAAAAGGACUGGACAUGGGCGAAAUUACUGUGAAGCUGCUUGAGAGUCAGGAGUUCAGUGUUUCUAACGCAGGCCUGCCUUCAAGGAGUCACAAGUCCGAGAGGGAUGUGUGCACUUGGACAUUCGAAAUCAACAAGGAGGAGAAUUGGAAUGACAAUAUCGAAGAGACGGGUCAGGAUGGAUGGACAGUCACGAAAGAGCUUCCACUACCGAAAAAGUUGACCAAAUGUCUUCAGGACUGUACAGUCCAUGGAAUCAAGAUCCGUCACAAAGUCAAGCUUACUGUUGCGCUGAAGAACCCUGAUGGUCACAUCUCUGAGCUCAGAGCGACCCUCCCUGUCACGAUCUUCAUCUCGCCAAACAUGCCCCUUGAUGACGAGGGCAACAUCGUAUCCCAGGACGGAACAAGUACUUCAAACGAAAGAACGACAGUGGAGAGCGAGAACACCAACAUGGCCCCACCCGGUUACGGUCAGCAUGUACUGGACCAACUUUACGACGACGUCGAGCCGAUGGGUAUGAUGACGCCCGGCAUGAUGACUCCGGGCGGUCUGCAGAGCGGAUUUGCUAGUCCCUUCUACUCCCAAUCCCGUGCUGGAUCGUCAGAAAACCUUGCCGCCCUCGCAAAUGGUGCGGUAACGCCUGCUGCUCUUAGUUCGAGGCUGCAGAACGUGUCACUGGAUCCCUCGCAUCGAAACACUUCCUUCACAUCUGUGGGCUCUCACUCCCAUUCUCAAUCUCAUUCUCAAUCCCAUUCUGGUGCAGCAACUCCAUACCUGCAUCCCAACGAUGGAGAACACACCGCAGACUCAUCACUGCCCCACUCACGAGAGUUAUCGCGUCAAACUAGUGCAGAGGAGCACUCCGGUGAUGUGUCUGGGCACAACACCCCCCCGGAGCACAUAGACCUGGAGCAAUUAAGCAAAGUCCCCAGCUACACGACGGCGACUAGAACUCCACUACCUAGAACAACAAGCUUCACAGGUUCCCUGGGAUUGCCCGAUUAUUUUUCAGCAAUGACAAGCGCUCCAUCUUCGCCGACGCGGAAUCCCCUCCAUGACCCUCUGGGCACUAUCACAGAAGGAUCUCAAGCCGAUCCAGCAGAAGCUCAGACGGAGCCCAACUCUCGAAACCACUCACGGAGCAACUCGCACAUUCGUCGUAGUCACUCAUCACUAGGCUUCAGCUUUUUGCACCGCUCCACGCCCGGCGAUCAUCAUGGUGAGCGUCAUUUGCGACUGAUGCAACAAAGAAACGCACAUUAGAUUUUGAGCACAUGAGACGGUUCUGGGGCUAUGGGAUUGUUUAACUACGAAGCAUAUCUAUCCAGGCUCAGUAGACCUGGGGAGAAGGCGUUGGUUGGGAUAGAUUUUGGAUACCACAAAGGCAUCACAGGCGUUUUCUGUGGGUUGUGGAGGUUUAAUCCCCCUUCGGUU